ACAUCCAUCUGCCUGACGUAAGGUAUGUCGUUCACGUUACUACCACAGCCUACUAUUUUGUACCUUUUAAUUAUUACCUCACAAUGUCCAGGUCUCACCAUGUCAGACAUACCACCAAACACGCCUUUUAUUAAGCCAGACUACACGCCGUUUUGCUCAGUUGGUCACGGUGAACUCCAGUGGAAAACCGUUACAUCCCAUGCGAAAGGAAACCAAGGCCGCUGGAUGGUAUUAUGUCCAUUCGUUGGACCUGAUGGCAUCAAGUGCUCACACUUCCGGUGGGGUUCUCGCAGUCCAUCAUCAUCCCCAAACCCGUUGGUACCGCCAGUAAUGCCGCCACCUCCGUUACCUGUACUACCAGUGCCUGGGACUUGCGCUGAGUCUCAGUGUGUGUCAACACGUGUACAUCCUCUAUGUACCAGCGCAAUGUGCCGAAAACACUGUUGGGCCAUCGGGGGAUGUGAUGCCAAGGGUCAUGCUGUUAGCGGACCUGUGCAAGCUACACUUGCACCUCCACGGCCUCCUUUGCCUGUAAUUGAUCCGGUCUUAAUUCAAGCUUCACUCCCGGGCCCCAGUGCGUCGUCAUCAUCUCAUGCAUCCUCCUCGUCUUUCCCAUCUGCGCCAUCCAACUCCACAUCCACUACACUUGCCUCCAUUCCCGCUGCCAGUAAGAGCAAGGGAAAACAACGUGCCCCGGUGCAGGAAGACAAUUUCUACACUAAUCCAAGAUAUCCUUUGCAAUUACCGCCUGUUUUCACCAACGCAUAUGCCAUGCAAGAAGAGGAACACCUUCGCAAACACCAAGUUGAAAUCCUUGACCACGAACUUGCUGUCACUGCCCAGAAUACGGUUAUGGUGUUUGGUUGGGCUGCAGCUGACGAGACACCGACAAUUUGCAAGUUCCAGAGCGGCUUUGUCCUACCACGUGUUAGGGUAACUGACGAAUGGCUUCGGAACCUUGGCCUCUCCGUUGACAAUGGCUGCCACUACUUCAACUCAAUGCAUCAGCACUGGAGUAAAAUCUCUGCCGGCCAUGUUCUCACCAUUCCAGGUGUUCACAUCUACCUCAAGAAUCUUGAUGUGAAGGUUGCACACGACUUUGAUAAAUACUAUAUCGAUCAACAGCCACCCGCAUUACCUCACAUCCGCAACAACCUCAAAGGCGAGAGAGCAUACAUCCGCCAUGCUACAAACUACAACCAUCUUCAACCCACCAGCAGCAGCUCAGAGAGUGGUAGCGGUCGCCGCCCUGCUGUCGUGCACAAGCGAAAGCUUGCGUCCCCUUCAAGUAGUCCCCCCCAGCAUCAACGCCGCUGUGUCCACACUGCAACCUCAGUUGCUCGCAGAUCCCACUCUCGCAUCGAGCGGCAGCCAUCCAUCAUCAGCCUUUCGUCUGGUCUAGACAUGACUGAUGAUGAGACCCCCCGACGUCAUGUCAAGCAAGAGCCUGCUACUACUAGCGUCCAUCCCCCCAUCAAGCGGGAGCCAUCCAUCAUCAGCAUUUCGUCUUCGUCUAGUCUAGACACCACCGAUGACAAGAUCCCACGCCACCGCCACAUCAAACAAGAGUCGCUCGCCGCUACUCAAGUGCGUUGCCCCCUUCGCAUCACACACGAGCUAUCUCUUGGUGCCAGCAGCAACUACUCUACAAUGGAUGGGGAGAUGAGUUCUUCGAGUUCUCCGGGACUAUCACAUGACCAUCUGAUCGAGGUCGAAGUUGCUGCCACACUAGCUUGGCCACGAGGGUACUAUGCCGUUGACAUCAACACAGGCUUUGUCGCCAUGGACAAUGCAAGGCAAUCUGGCCAAAGUGUGAAGGAGGCCUUUGCUAGUGUGUUUGGGGCUGGGGUCCGUUAUCGUGCACAGACUAUCAGCGAUCAUCGCUUGCGCUGGAAACAUGCAGGACCUUCAGCAAGGGUUGCAUUUAUUGAGGCGGGGCGGACACCUGAUGGCUUGUGGUCUCAGUUCAUGGCAGCACACCCUGCUAAAGAUGCUGCAGAAAGGGCCACAAAGAAACACCUCGUGCGUGGGUGA